GCUGGUUCUUUGCCUUGCUUUGCAGAACUGCUUUAUCUUAGUGUGUUCAAUCCUUUUUUUUUUUUUUUUUUUACUGUUUCAUUCCACUUCAUUACACAUAACUUUAUUUAUGGACUAUAAUAUUGUGAAUUAUUUAUAUUUCCGGAUUUCUUGAGUGAAUACUGAUGUCUGGUGAAAAUUUCAUGUGAAUAAACUCAUUGGAAAUAUAUUUACUGAAAAAAAAUGUUCAUGCGUUCAAUACUUAUUUCCCUCACUGUAGUUGAUUAGUUAGUUAGACAGGUAGUUAGUUUGUCAGUUAGUUAGUCUGACAGACAGGUAAUUAGUUUGUCAGUUCGUUAGUUAGUCAGACAGGUAGUUAGUUUGUCAGUUAGUUAGUUAGUUAGACAGACAGACAGGUAGUUAGUUUGUCAGUUAGUCAGACAGACAGGUAGAGAGGCUGUAACCUCUGUUGUAGCCGUUGUUUCCGAGAUGCACAUGCGCAGAACGGUGUAACGAGUCCGCGCGCCUCAGCUGCGCGAGCUGUAUCCCAGUCAGUAGAGAGCCGAGAGAUCUCCUCAGUGAAGCAUCAUUAUCAUCACCAUGUUUAAGUCUGAUGUCCCUCCGACUUAUGAAGAGUCCCGACAUCAUCAACAACAGCAUUACGGCGCUCAGCCACAGGGGGGGAAUUAUCCUUUCACACCCUACACCUUUCCCACUCCAGUGUGGCAUGGAGCAGGAGCACCACCACCGGGAAUACCACCUGUUGUUCCCACCUACAUGUCCUCAGGAACACCUCCGUCCAACCCAGGCAACAUGGAGGCCUAUGACCAAAGUGCAUUGUGGGAAAAUAAAAGUAUCCGACACGCAUUCAUCAGAAAGGUUUAUCUUAUUUUGGCGGCCCAGCUGUUAUUCACAGCCACGAUCGUAGCCGUGUUCACGUUUGUUGAUCCAGUGCGUCUGUUCGUCAUCCAGUAUCCUGUGAUUUACUGGGUGUCGCUCGGUGUUUUUUUCGUCACUUACCUCGUGCUGGUGUGCUGCGAAAAAGCGAGGAGACGGUUCCCUCUGAAUUUGGUCCUUCUGUUCAUAUUCACUCUCGCCAUGUCCUACAUGGCAGGAACGAUUUCAAGUUAUUACGAGACGAAGGCCGUGUUCUUGGCUGUGGGAAUAACGGCGCUGGUGUGUAUCGUGGUCACAGUCUUCAGUUUCCAGACCAAAGUGGACUUCACCUCCUGUACCGGUUUGUUCUGUGUUCUGGCCAUCGUGCUUUUUAUCACCGGCAUCAUCACAACCAUCGUUCUCUCCUUUCAUUAUAUUCCGUGGCUGCACAUGCUGUACGCUGCUCUCGGGGCCAUCGUUUACACCCUGUUCCUGGCCUACGACACUCAGCUGCUGUUAGGGAACCGAGCUCACAGCCUGAGUCCGGAGGAGUACGUGUUCGGAGCUCUGUCCCUCUACACCGACAUCAUCCAGAUCUUCCUCUUCCUUCUGCAGAUCACCGGGAGCAGCACAGACUGAAACACACACACACACACACACACACACACCCAUCUCUCUUUGUGCGUGUGUAUCAGUUGUAUUCAUUCACACACGGUCUGUGUCCUUCUGACUCUCACACUGCAGUAAAACACACCACAGGUCAUAAAUUAAUACAUUUGCAUUGACUCCGCAAAUGAUUUCAUUCUUUUUGGUUGAAAUGUCACAAACUACACGUGAUCCUCAGAACCUGUUAUUAAAUUUUUCUAAGCUGUUAUUAAUGUUUUUACACACACACACCUUUACUAAGGCAGAGUGUUAAUGUUCUGUGUUAAUGUUUUUCACUUCAGACAGUUUCUAUUUUCAUAAUAUAAAAAUAAAACCGAUGUAUAAAAGCGAA